AGUCUGGUCUGGAACAUCGUGUUGUAAUGUCGUUGAUAUCAUUGCAGUGAGAUUUCAAUCGUACACCUUUUCUCUAUUCUAAAAUCGGAUUUUUUUGUUCUUUCUAUUUGUGAAUGUGAUGGCACAACUCUAGCAUAUUUUGUAACGACGCACGUUUGCAGCUGCCUGCCGUAUCUUUUUUUUUCAGUCAACAUCGCCGACAAAGAGUAAAAUCGCAUCGUGCCCGUUAUUUCCAUACAAAUAUUGUGCAAUGGUUUUUGCGUAGCACAAGUAACGAAAAUCGUCACGUUUAACCUAUUGACCGUUUCUAAAAAGCUGCUUUAAGCCGUUUUAAUUAUGUAAUAAAUGUGGAAUACAUUUCAAUGCUCGGUGGCGUUUGUUUGUUUUUUUUUUUCCAACGUGAAGGUUUUUGCGCUUCUGUUGUCAUUGGCUGGUGUGUGAGUGCGUGUGCUUUUGGCCUUAGUGAAAAGUGAAAUAGAUAAUUUUGGACAGAGAUGUUUUUGUUGCCGACCCAAAAUGAACUCAAUUUCAUUGUAAAAUGAGUUUGGCUCAAAACGAUUCACCAGAGUGAUAUCAGUAAGGUGAUAUGAUUUCGAAAAUAGACUUUUAAAAGUGUUUGUGAGAGUGAGAGCAACAGAGCGAGCAAACGAGCAAGAGUGAUAGUGAGAGAGAGGUCAAAGGUGUACUUGGAAUAUUGUUAUUUCGAAAAGUGUGGUUGAAGAUCGUUUCAAGCGCCGAAAUCGUUUGACAAUUCAAAAUAAUGGAUAAAACCAUAAGCAGUAAAGCGACUUUGUAUUUCUCUUUUAUUCUGUGCUUGACGGUGCAGGCACAACAUCCGGAUGGAACCGUGUUGCUAAAACAAGGCACCGUGAUUGGAUUGAAAAUUUUCCCAGAAACUUCCAGAACGGCCGUUUAUUCAUACUUGGGUAUUCCAUAUGCUCAACCACCUACUGGCAAUUUGCGAUUUGCGGCACCGCGACAGCAUUUUGGCUGGGGAAAUCGUACGUUAACGGCACGCGAUUAUAAACCAAUUUGUCCGCAACUAACCAAUUAUAUGUUUGACGAAACGCACAAUGGAUAUGCACCGCAUGCAAUAAAAACCGAUGAAGAUUGUCUAUUCUUGAACAUUUGGGCGCCACAGUCUGCGUUUCGUGGCGGAAAUCAUUCCGUGUUGGUGAUUAUAACCGGAGAAGAGCAAGCAUUUGAUUGGGCACAAAAUCGACCGACUGGCUUAGAUUUGGCUGCUGAAGGCAUUGUUGUGGUAAUAAUUCAAUCACGAACAAAUAUUUUUGGCUGGUUGAGUCUACGGAGUCCAGAAGCACCCGGCAACUUAGGUUUACUCGAUCAACGAUUAGCAUUCGAAUGGAUUGAAGAAAAUAUACAGAAAUUUGGUGGUGAUCGACAUCAAAUCACACUGCUCGGCCAUGGAACUUCAGGGGCGCCGAACGCAAUGCUUCACUUGACCAAUCCAAAAACAGCUACUCUUUUCACACGCAUGAUUCUCAUGUCGGGCACCAUUUAUUCAACUUAUUCAUAUCAAAAUGUUGACAGAUCAAACAAUUUGACCACAAGCAAUGACCUUUCUUCGGCCAUUGUAAAAAAACUUGCCUGCGGUUCGGCACAUGUUAAAUAUAUCUUGGACUGUCUCAGACAGAAGAGCGUUAACGACUUACUGAAGGCAUUCGAACAAGUUUAUGAGCAUGGAAACUAUACCAAACUCCUUGGUCCUCAAAUCGAUACAUAUCUACCAAAGUCGAUUCAGUACCUUCCAAACGAUCCGAAAAUGGUUUUAGAACUCGGAGACUAUCCAAAUAUACCGAUUUUGUUGGGGAUAACUAGUAACGAAGGCGCUUUCAUUCAAGAACUGUGGCUUGAGCUGGCACGUGAAGGAUAUGAACCGUUAAAAAAGUACGUGACAACCACGUUAUUGCCGAAUAUAUUAGUUCACUAUGGUUUUGUGAAUGGUGCAACGGAGCAGGUGCGUCGAAUGAUUUCUUGGCGAUUUUUCGACCGAAUCCCACAAACCGCAUCUUACCUAUUGAAUGCGAUGCAACGAUUGAUAUCCGAAACAAAGUAUGAGACUCCGUUUCUGGAAACAAUUGAACUUUUAACCAGUGAUCAACCGAUAAACGCAUCCACAAUAACAACAAAUGAUACGGUUGCUAUGGAGAGUGCGAUUCAACGUCGUGCGCAAAAAACCUUUUACGUGUAUUCAUUCCAUCACACAAAAUCGAUAGACAUUCGUGGUGCGAGCAAUUAUUUCGGUGGCGCUGGUCAUACAUCGGAUUUAUUAUUCUUAAUGGGACCGAGUUUAUUCCAGCAAAUCAGUCGUCGAAAAUUGAGCUCGAUGGAAAUGCGAUUGUGUCGUCGAUUUCGGCAUUUGUUCAGUGAAUUUAUAAAAAUGGGCAAUCCAACACCGAAUCGAAUGUUUGAUGCAUGGCGACCGUAUACAGCCAAGCAAAAGUUUGUUCAAAUUUUGGGCGAUAAUUCGUUAACCAGCGAAUCAAGCGAUGCAACGACGACGACAACAAAUUUUGCCGAAAAUGGGAUGUUUAUCGCUGAUUUAGAGAAGAAUUCGGUUGAAAUUGAAAAUAUGAUUCACGGUCAAACUCGUGUUGUUUCAACGAAUAUCCUAAAUCCGUAUCGUAUUGGCAAAGAGAAUAUACCACAAAGUCCAACCGAUUCGGCGCGUAUGUCAAAAAGCUAUUUAGGCGUGUAUGAAACGUCUGAGUACUAUAAUGCCUUGACCAAAAUCAAUUCGUUUUGGAUGGAUUUAUUGCCGGAAAUGAGUUCGUAUCGAUGGUCGGAUGAAAUAUAUUCGCGCACGAAUUUCGAUGAAGAUCCAUUGUACAUUGCAAUAGCAGCUGCAAGUGGCUCAAAGUUCAAGCACGCCUUCUUCUCAAUGCUGAUAUUGGUGACUUUGCUGCUGGCGGUUUUAUGCAUUUGUUUGUACAUUUUGAAGAAGAAUCAACGAAAUAUCGACACAAGUUUCUUAUGACAAACAUUUCCCUUUCGAUCGAUGUGCCAUCGCGUUGAUCGAAAAAUCAUCACUGAACCAACACAAAUUGCAGCCGCCGACAAAUCAUCGCAUAUGCAACUGCCACCAUUGUCGUCAUUGCCGCGAACAACCAACGAAAAGAAAAAUUUCGUUCAAUUGCUAGUGCAACGAGUCCGUAUCAAAUUGCUCAACUGUCGAUUGGAUCGCGAUACAGUCGAUGCCGUUACCGCAACGGCCCAUUUCGAUUAUCGUUUCGACCGUAACUUUGAAAUGAGACCAAACCAUAAUUUAUCGCAUCACGAGGAGAAAAAUCAAGUUCGAAACUGGCGAUAUCAUCUAACCAAUGACCAUUUUUAAGUUAGUCCUUAAGUUAUGAUUGUUUUUGAAUAUAGCGAAAAUGCGUGGAAUUCUCUAGUUUUUGUUGGAAAUGAGUUUUUUUUUUCUGUCCCUUACCGUAGAAUGUAGGAAAUGCUCAAAAUAUAAAUGUAAUUAGUACAAA